GCGUGUCAGAUACAGCGUGGCGGAAACGGAAGUAGGAAAGGGAGCCUCAAGACUCGUACGAGACUUCUAAAGUUAGCACCAUACAAAAAGUGCUGCUUCCCACACACACUCUCUCCCACGGACCUCUCUCGUCGUCGAGCAGCCUUGAUCAAGAAGUGCUAGAAGUUGGUCCUGGGUCUCCCGAUCCCGUGUCAGGGCACAUCGACGGCGAGCUUGAUGAAGUUCUUUUCCGCAAAUGUACUCGUUGGCCCCCGCGGCAGUAGCAACAUGGUGCGUGGACUCGAAGAUGCUACAAGAAGUAUGCACGUAGGGUCUUACACGGAGGAUAUCCCAGGGUUCAUCAUGAAAGUCAAAUUCGACUGUUCCAACCGCGGGCGAUAUGCAUCGGAGCCACGCAUCUCCUUGGCGCCAGUGUUAUGACUACACAACCCAUCGAAAUUAUCAAUCUAUCGGAGAGCUUCGCAUGAUCGAUCCACCUCCGGGCAAAUUACCUCGCGCUUUUCCUCCUUCGAAAAUAUGUAGUCGGCGACCUGAAUUGGGUAGUUGGCGGGCGAUCACUGAUGUUCAACGUAUGACUUCUCAAUUCAAUCGCUUCACCCGCGGUGGGACGGCUCUCGUUAUAGACCGGAACCGCACGAAUGGUACAAUGCCUUGCCCCUCCCCUCAUUCCGUGGCAUCCGACGAUAAUUGCCAGGGCGUCGGCCAUCUGCGCGCACCAACACCGCUCGAACGUUUUGGUCUUGGGAUGGUGUUGGGCUGGAAGGAAGGAUAUCGUGCUGGGCUUCCAUAUCUGCCGUUGCGGUGGGACGUAUGGCCAUUCGUCUUACAUAACAUCAUCGAAGCACUCUUCCAGCGAAAUCUCCGUUCGUAUGCCGACGAAAAUGCCCCAAAUGCUUUAACGUUCCCUGGCCUCUAG